CGGUGAUGAUGGGGGGAGUCAAAUGAGAGCGGCCGUCCUCCCCGCAGCGCGCACACUGAGCCAAAGUGGAGUGGAGGAGACGCGUCCUCUCUUUCCCUCGCAAGCCGCUGACUCCUCUCUUCAGGCACAAAAGUUACCUCCCCAAACCACCUUCCUCUCCGAACAGCUGGAGCCAGUCCAGCUCUGAGGAGGAGAGAGGAGGCGCGACAAAUCCGGCUGCUUUUACCUGGUUUUUGUGGAAGAGUGCACCGGCAUGGGUACCCCAACAAACCCGCUUCUCACCUCGGGGCUCCUGCUUCUCGGCGCAGUUCUCUCCGUCUUCUCCAAAGGGGUCACACAGUCUGACAGCUUGCCCUCAGGGCAUGGAACCCUGCCACACUUCAUCCAGGAGCCAGAGGAUGCCUACAUUGUCAAAAGCAAUCCUACCAAGCUGCGCUGUCGAGCCACACCCGCCUUACAGAUUUUUUUCAAAUGCAACGGGGAAUGGGUGCAUCAGAAUGAACACAUGUCUCACGAGUACAAAGACCUCAUCACAGGUCUGAAGGUGCGUGAAGUGAUGAUAAACAUUUCCCGCCAGCAAGUGGAGGACUUUCAUGGGCCUGAGGACUACUGGUGUCUCUGUGUGGCUUGGAGCCACUUGGGCACCUCAAAAAGUCGGAAGGCGACAGUCCGCAUUGCCUACCUAAGGAAAAACUUUGAGCAGGAUCCCCAGGGAAAGGAGGUGCCAAUCAACAGGAUGAUUGUUCUGCACUGCCGUCCUCCGGAGGGAGUGCCAGCAGUGGAGGUGGAAUGGCUAAAAAAUGAAGAGUUAGUAAGUUCCAUGACUGAUGACAAUAUUGACUCCCGGGCUGACCAAAACCUCAUCAUCAACGAGGCCCGUCUGUCCGACUCCGGCAACUACACAUGUCUGGCCAGCAACAUAGUGGCAAAAAGACGCAGCGCCACAGCCACAGUCAUCGUCUUUGUGAAUGGCGGCUGGUCUCUCUGGACGGAGUGGUCACCCUGCAAUGUGCCCUGUGGCUGGGGUGUCCAGAAGAGAUCACGGACCUGCACAAACCCAGCCCCUCUGAAUGGUGGGGCCUUCUGUGAGGGGAUGUCUGUGCAGAAGAUCCCCUGUAAUGCCCUUUGUCCAGUUGAUGGAGGCUGGGACGAGUGGAGUGAAUGGACAUUGUGCAAUAGUUUGUGUGGAAGGCACCGCACUCGGGAGUGCAGCUCUCCAGCACCCAGACAUCGAGGCAAAAUGUGUGAAGGGAACAGCGAGGCCACUGAGAACUGCACAGAUGGGCUGUGUACCCAGAAUCGAAACCUGCGACAUGAUGUUAAACCUCAAAGUAUGGAGGGUUCUAAUGAUGUGGCUCUGUAUUUGUGCCUCGGAGCUGGCAUCAUCGCAGUGGCCUUCCUUGUAGUGGUCGUUAUGUUAUACAGGAAGAGCCACAGUGAGUAUGGAGUGGAUGUGAUCGACUCCUCAGCUCUGACCAGGGGUUGUCAGUCUUUUAACUUUAAGACUACCAGUCAAGGCAACCCGCUGCUUCUUAACUCCUCAAUGCGAUCAGACCUAACAGUGGGGCGCACAUACAGCACUCCCAUCUGUUUUCACGAAAGCGCAGACAAGGAACUCUUUGACCCCCUGCCAGACAUCGCAGUCAAAGUUCAGAGCUCCUUCAUGAUUUCGUUAGGUGUGGCGGAUCACGCAACGUUUCCCGACAAAGUUCCCGCUGAGACUUACCAACGAGACCUCGGCUGUGAAUACUGCAGCACCAUGGAGAGACGCAAGAAGGACACGCUGAUGUUCAGCAGACCCAUUGCCGUCGACAAAGAGCAACCACGGACCAGCGGCGUGUUCGGCCACCAAGGAGGGCGGCUGGCGGUGCCAAGCACAGGAGUCAGUCUGCUGGUACCUCAUGGAGCUGUGGCUGAAUAUAUGUCCUGCGAGGUGUACAUGGUGAUCAAUCAGGGAGAGUCAAGUAUUGAAACUCUGGAAGGCUGUGAAAUCCUCCUGGGCCCAGAGGUGACAUACGGCCCUUCAAAUCUGGACCUUUUCUGCCCGGCUGCCGUGACCGUCCCCCACUGUGCAGUGGUUGACAAGGAGAACUGGAACAUUCAGCUGAGGAGGAAAACCCAGGACAGUAAAUGGGAGGAAGUGAUGUUGGUAGAUGAGGAGUCCACUUCCUGUUUUUGUUUAAUGGACUCAACCUGCUGCCACCUGCUGCUGGACCAGCCAGGCUCAUAUGCGCUGGUAGGGGAACCUCUCAAUCAGGCUGCCAUGAAAAGGCUGAAGCUGGGUGUGUUUGGUGGCCUGGAGGCCAGCUCUACAAACUACUGUCUACGUGUUUAUUGUGUGGAUGACACGCCACAUGGCUUUCAGAGAGUGGUGGCAGCAGAGAGGACCAGAGGGGGUCAGCUUCUGGAAGAGCCAAAGAUGUUGCCUUUCCAAGCUAAUACUUUCAACCUCCAGGUGUCAAUCCAGGAUGUUCCCCAGUUUCUUUGGAGCAUCAAACCCUUUACAACAUGUCAGGAAUUCUCCUUCUCCCAAGUGUGGUGCAGCAACCAGCAGCCUAUGCACUGCACCUUUGCUCUGGAAAGAUUUAGCCCUGCCACGGCCCAGCUCUCCUGCAAAAUCAGCGUGCGCCAGGUCAAAGGGCACGAGCAGAUACUGCAGGUCUACACAGCCGUGGCUGAGGGUGAAAAGGAGUCCCCUCCCUUUUUUAUGCAGACGGACUGCUCUGUUACAUCCCAAACGGGGCCCAAGGCUUUCAAAAUCCCAUCGUCCAUCCGCGAGAGGAUCUGUGCUACCUUUGACACUGCCAACGCCAAGGGCAAGGACUGGCAACUCUUAGCCCAGAAACUUCACCUGGACCGAAACCUGGGUUAUUUUGCGAAGCAGCACAGUCCUUCUGCAGUCAUACUGAGCCUGUGGGAGGUCUGUCACCCGGACGCUGAUGACCUUGACUCUCUUGCCAACGCUCUUGAGGAAAUCGGCAAGAUUCACUCCUGUAGCUCCCCAGAGGACCAGGACGAAGACCAGUCUGACGCCGGUCAUGUGGAUGCGAGCUCUCUGUGUGGACCUGGUGGACUGACCAGUGAAGACUCUGCCGCUGACUUCACAGGCUGAGAGCAAAGAGGCAGCUACACUGCCAGCAGACAGACUAAGACUAGUGCCCGUGUGUGCGUGCAGCCAGUGAAGAACGGCGUGCCGCGCUGAGAGGCCAGGAAGUUGUUGAGUGUGGGAAACGCCGGCCAACUGCUGAGCCAGUGCUGGCCGUGAAUCUAUGCGUCUGCCGUAAGAAGCUGCCAGGGGGAUCAACUGUACAUCUAUUUCCACUGAUUGGAUCUCAAAAGUGAUUGUUUGCCUUUUUUUUAAGUGAAGUAUACAUGUUUCUUUCAAACCAAUCUUGUAGCUGCACUAUUUACCCUUAACUCUAAAGUGACAAAAAACUUAAACCGACUACAAUUAAAUGAAUUUACAAACAGAUUAAAUUAAAUUUACCUUUAAAGAUUUUCACAUUACGUUUCUAAAAGCACAAAUAUUUAACUUUGAAUUGAAAGAAAAUAAAAUGUGUUCCUUUUUGUUGUGAAAAAAAAAUUGUUUUUAAACUUUUAAUUACUCCUAUGCAUUUUAUUUAUUUUUUUUAAUCAAUUUUUUUCAUUAAUUGCAUUUUAUUUAAAAAUUAAGGCUGCAAGCGACGUUUAUAUAUUCACACGGUAUGUCAUUGUUUUUUAGCUUCCGGCAAGGAUUUAUGUAAUAGGGGAACACCACUUUUGCGAGCUCGCCAUGGUAACGCCAUUCAAAAUUUACAAUUUCUAAUCCCAAGAUUUUCUCAAGUAGCUUCUCAAUGAAGCUCGAGAAGUUAGGAGGCAAUAGAUUGAAAUCCCAGGAGGAGCUUGAAUUUGUAGAAGUCAUAACAAUGAUUUUUAGGGGGGAAAUUCAAGAUGGUGGCCUCAAAAGGUCAACAAAACUUUGAUGGCAGUUACAUACUUUGCGGGGUGACACGUGGGAUCAUUUCCAUCAAAUUCACUUAAACAAAAAAUGUUUUUCUAUAUUGUGAGAAAAUCCCUAAAUUUCACACUGUGCCACAAAAAGGCCUUCAGUCCUGCGGCCAUCCGAUAAUUAUUUCAAAGCUUCUUUUGGAUAUUCAAGACACGUUUUGGUGUAGUAAUGUGGAUUUUUAAUUAUUUUCUGAGCCCCACAAGAAAUUUUGGGGGCCAUUCCUUUUUCUUUCUUUUACUGUGAUCUCAUCUUUUUUUCUUUCUUUUUUUUGGGGUGGGGAGGGGUCACUAUGCCCAAAAUGUGUUUUUACCUGGGAGUAGGUGUGUGCAAAUUUUGUUGUGUCUGAGUGUGUGGCAGGGCAAAGUAAGAAAGAAUUGUGAAAACGACGUGAUCCUUACUGUCUAGCCCAGCUGCAGGACAUAGAAAGGACUAAACUACUAUUAUAUUACUGCAUAUUUGAGUCCUUUUCCCAAAUCUGUUUGGAAGGAGCACCUGUUAUUUACAAAUUAUAUAUUUAACAUUUUUUUGGUCAUGUUUAAAAAUUAUCUUGGAAAAAUGUUUUUAUUUCACAUUCAUUACAAGUCAAAAGUUUGGAUUGACAAAUGUGUCCUAAUUUUGACUGUUGGUGCAUAUUUAUGGGGUCAAUUAUAGCUUCCUUUUAAUUGAAUGUAUGUAUUUUAUUAAUUUUUUCUGUCUUUUUUACAUUUAAUUUGGCUACAGAUGAUAACAGAUGGUGUACAGAUAAUUUAACAAGUGUCCUAAUAUUGAAAUCCCUCAUGUUUGAUUAUUGUUCUCUUCUGUCAAACAAUUCAGAGAUUAAGAACUCCUUUCUAGAGAAAAUCCUCAGUUUAAAAUCUAUUUAUAUUUUUUUGCUUCACAGGAGAUUUUCUUUUACACAAUCAUGAAAAACUACAACAAAAAAAAAUUAAAUGUAUUCAUUCCAUUUGAUGCCUGAAGGACAAUGGAGUAAUUUAAAUAGAAAAGGAGCCACAGAAUUCUAAGCAUGGCCCUAACCGUCUCUACAGCUUUGCAGAGAAAAAAACACACACAACAUCCAUUUGCUAAGGAGGAAGAGUGACUAACAUCUUAUCGGCAUAUUACCAGCAUUUACAGACCUCAUAUCAGACCCCGACACCCGUCUGCUGCUAAGCCCCCUUCUUAACCUUAGUUCACAUGCACACCCACAAAAGCAGACACUGUCACAUUUUUGGCUUCCAAGGACAUAUGCAUACAUGAAAAAAAAAAAAAAAAAAUAUGAGUUGACGCGCAACC